UCUCAGUUCCUGUCUGGUUCUGAUUGUGAAUGAAUCCCUGCUGCUGUAUCUCCUGUAAAUAAAGACAGGAACUCCGUUUCAUCCUCGGUGAUGUAUUUGCAUCUCUUCCUGGUUGGACUGUCGCUGUUAUUCUCAGGAGUUUCUUCCACAGAUGCUCAAUCUAAUCAAGUCGAUGCUUUUGCUGAUGAAGACGUCAUCCUUCCCUGCACCUUCAACAUCCCAGCUAAUGAAGACAUUCCCACGGUGGAGUGGUCCAAAGUGGUGGAAAGGGUCCAAGCCAGUAAUCGUCUUCUUGUACCGCGACGGCUGCGAGACCUUCGGGAUGAAGGAUCCAGACUUCGAGUACCGGACGAACCUCAUCUUGAAACGGCUGCAAAACGGGAACUACUCACUGAGAAUCUCCAAACUGAAGCUGUCCGACUCCGGAACGUACCAAUGUUUGGUCAUCCAAAAGAACGGAACCAAAGAACAAACACGAGUGGAGCUGGUGGUUGAUUCGUGGUCUGAGCCGAAGCUUUCUGUGGUUUCUACCGACGGCGGAGAAGUGACCGUUGAGUGCAAAGCCCUCUGCUGGAGGCCAGCGCCGCUUAUGACGAUCCUGGACAAUGAAGGAAACAGAUUGACUGAAGAACCGGCGAAACAAGAAGAAGAUCCCAGAGGAUGUUACAACACAAAGCAAAAUGUCACCCUGCUAAAAGCAGUAAGCAGGGUUUUGUGCAGAGUCCAGCAGACAGAGAGGAAUCAAAGCAAGGUGGCAGAAAUACUCCUUCCAGGUCUCUGGAAGGAAUCCCACACUACAGUCAUUUCAAUCUCAGUAGCAACAACAGUGAUAUUGUGCCUGACGGGUUUUAUUUUGUAUUGGUAUUUCUGCAAGAAACGCUCCAGUUCUGAGAGAGGGACGAAACUACAGAUGACCAUCAACUCGGACCAAAUCAAAGAAAGUGACUCUCCUGACCCCUUAAUCCAGCAAAGCAUAACGGACAACAAACUAAACAGCAUGAAUGAACAAAAAGAAACAAACGAUCCUAACCUGAAAUUCUUAAACAAGUCAAGUUACUGGAAAACCUAA